AUGGCAGGAUGGUUUUGGAAGAAUCAGAAACCAAGUCCUGAAGGUUUGGAUGGGAAUGAAAUGGUGAUGGGUAUCGUGCUUUCUCAUAAGCCAGGCCUCGACCUCUUGCAGAACUGCGAUUUACCUCCUCCUCUCAAGGUUUUUGCUGGGCCUGACAAGGUUUUAUCAUCCAUGAACAGAGUUUGUGGCAUGACGGUUCAAGAAGAUGAAUCGAAUAGUGGUGCAGAGAAUGAGAAAUUGGAUCUUUUGAAGGCGUUGCGAUUGUCGCAAACCCGGGCAAGAGAGGCUGAGAAGAUGGCAGCAGUUUUGGCCAAAGAGAGGGAUUGCCUGUGCAAUGCAUUGGUUGAAGAGUCAAUGAGAUUGUUGAGUUAUCGGCAAUGGGUAAAACUGCUCGACCUUCAAUUGUCAAAGUUGCAGAGGCAGCAGCAGCAAGAAGAGCAGUCAUGUGAGGAGGAGGAGGAGGAGGCUGGUGGCAGCAUGACAUGGUUUGUGGCGUUGGCGCUUUGUUUGGGCAUCACUGGCGUGGGCAUUGCAUUUGGUUGCAGAUAUUUCUUUUGA